GCACAUAGCAUUCCCCUGUCAACGCCCCUGGGUGAACGAUCUGGGGCCCGUUGCAGAAAGAGUUGCAAUCAAUCGCAACUCUAAAAAAUCAUGCGCAACUUGAUUUUCAACCAAUCAACAGCUCGCAUUUGGGACUUGCGAUUGAUUUUUUGACUUGCGUUUAAACGCAACUCUUUCUGCAACGGACCCCUGAAAGCUCUCACGAUAUAGGCCCACAUGCGGGCCUACAUCUGUCGUCAUCCGUAUUAGUUUAUAAAGCGGGCUAUUCUGUUUUUAGUAGUUGAUGCUCGAAUUGCAGUGAAGAAACUCCCGAACUUGAUAACUGGGACUUGAUAGGACUUGAAAUUCUUGAGGCUAUUGCUAUUGGUCCAUGAAUCUUACUUCCCUUAUUCUGGUUUAGAUUUCUGAUCCACACGCGUUGAGCAAGGCAUGAUAAGCCCUUCGUGCAAACGUUUGAAUCACAUCAUUGUGAUAUUCCGUGACUUAAUUUUAUUUACAGCAAGUCAUCUCACCACAUUCAUCUAAGCCGAUGAUUGGUGUUAUCAGACUACACACCUCUCAAUAUCUACAUGAUAAUACCUAUCAUGGCUGAAGCAUUGAAGGAUACCAUCACCCAGAGUCUGGAGUGUCCUGUAUGUCUGACCACCUUCACCGAUCCGAAGAUCCUGUCUUGUUCCCACACCUUCUGUAAGACAUGCCUGGACAUCCUUUACGAAUGCCUUGGGGAUGACCGUAAGAUCCGAUGUCCCGUAUGUAGAAACGAAUCUCUGGUCCCAAAUCAAGAUGUUAACGCACUCCCGGGGAAUCUUGUUUUGAAAAAUCUUAUGGAGGACAUUAAGAAUCAACAUCAUCGUUGCACAAAUUGUAAAACCGUCGACACUACAGAUGUCUACUGCCAAGAUUGUGGCAAGUAUCUCUGCAUCACUUGUCACAGCAUGCAUACUAAAUGGGAAGACUUCAUCGGUCAUGAAAUUGUUGCGAUUAGUGAUAUCACAUCAGGAAAAGUAACAGUUCGAACAUAUCAGAAAUGCAAGAAACAUCCCAGAGAAGAUGAGGAAAUCUUUUGUCGUAUCUGUAGGGAAUUUGCAUGCUACAAAUGUGUACCUCUAGAGCAUACAGGCGAAGGACAUCGAAACAUUACUGCAGGUGAAUAUGAACAAAAUUACAUGACAAAGAUCAAUGACCUCAAAUCAAAGGUAUACAAGAAAUGCUCUUCCUUCAAGAAGUAUGUCAAAUUCAUAAAUGAUCAGCAGGAACUUGUGAGCAAUGCUCAGGAUCAGUGUUUAAAUGAUAUUCAAGAAGCAUAUGAUACAUUAGUCCAGCAGUUGACCGAGAAAAAAGAGCUACCCGAAGGUGAAGUCAAGGAUAGAGUUGAGGGAGUAAAGAAAGAACUUGAUGAAAUGAAGAGAUCCGCUCAGAGUUACAUCACAUUAUUGACUACAUUGGCUAACUUGAUCACGAAUAAGGCAAAAGCACCGUUAGAUAUGGACACGUUGGCUGUACAUGACACGUUAUGUGAAGACUUACUGGAAGCCUUGAAUGAAAAAGAACCCGACUACGACAAGCCAUUGAAGUUAAGCAAGAAAGGGAAGCUUGUAAUGUUUCAUCCAUUCGAAGGAAACCUAGAACUGCCUCUUGGUGAGAUUGUUGAAGAAGUUGUAAAGAACAUCGUAAAUCUGCCUUCCAAUAAUAAUCACAUGAAUAUCAUUGCUAGGACACCGGACGGUAGGAUGUUAGUGGGAUGUAAGAGAGGUGGGGAGAUUUUUGCUUCUGAUGGUCAUCUGCAGGAGUCAAUUCUCAAGGAUGUUGAUAUUCGUGGAGUGGGUUUCCUGUCUGACAAUCGAUGUGCUGUGAUUGAUGGUUCAAACAAUAUCACAAUAUACACACUAGAGUACAGAAAAUUGAAUGUUGAGUUUGGGACACUGAGUAGAGAAGAAGGUGGAUUUUCCAACCUCACCGUCGACGGUAAUGAUCAGAUCUAUGUUAGCUACAGGAAAGCCAAGAAGAUCCAGGUUUUCUCACCAGCCGGUGGAAAGGCAGAUAUGGAGAUUGUGAACACGGGAUAUGAAGUUACGCAAAUCAAUACUUACAAUGAUUUCUUACUAACUGAAAAUGUUGCAGUACGUUUGAUUUACAAAGAUGGUGCCAUAAAGCAUAGAUUAAGGAAAGGGGGCUUCUACCCUUCCAACCUGUACCCUGCCGUGUCUCUUGGGAAUAAGAUCUUGAUAGCCGAGGUGCAGCACGAUAGAGGUUUGGUGAGCAUUGAUGAGUACACAGAUCAUGCUGAUAAACUAGAACAUGUUCAGAACAUCAUUAAUGAUUACAAAUUUGAGAAGCCUGGGAGGGUUUGGUAUUAUCUCGAGCAGUACCUGUCAGGAGAGAUCGCUUUUUGUACCACUGAUAGACUAUAUAUAUUCCGUUGACCAUGUUGAGGGUGAUCGUAGGUGAUUAUUUUCGUGUAUUGCACUAUAUCUCCUUCAUCACCACCGAAUCAACACUCAUAAGGCCCGUUUCAUUUUCUUUUAUUACAGGAAAUAUAUAGAUCACUAAACAAAACAUAAAUAAACAAUGAUCUUACAUGUCUUGAAGAGUUAGAUGUGCAAUCCCAAGGUUAUGAUAUAAAUCCAAAUAAAAUCCAAGUCAGUUGGCGAAGAUUCUUUUAAUUAAAGUUCACAAUGGUGGCGAUGAUUAAAUUGAUGUUGAAGCACGAUGAAUAACAAGAGUCACUGUAACAAGUUGAAAUGUCUGUAAAGAUGAUGUUGUGAUGAUGAUUACCAGUCAAUUUCAGCAAUCCAUGGGUUGAGAAGCGUUCAUUAAUGCAGGUUGAUGAUCUCGAUGAGAACUGAGAAUUUCUCUCUCAAAGUAACUGCAAACAGUUCAUUAGUGGCGUGCAAAUAAUUCCACCGAAGAUAGAUAUUGUAUUCCAGUUGGAAAUAAACUUUGCUCUGACAUAAAGUCUGGUGUGAAACUCUGAGCUCUGAUCUGAUGUGAUGAUGUCCUUGAAGAAACUGCCAGCUUACUAUUCACUAUUCUGGAAGCUUCUAGUAUUGCCUAUAAAAAGAGCAUUAUCCUUCUUUCUAGAAUAGUCCACUUCUAGAAGACUCUUGAAUGACCUCAGUGAAAUUCAAAUUCAAAUUCAUUUAUUUCACAUCUGUAAAAAACAUACAAGAUACAAUAUAUCGAGAGAUAUCAAAAUGAUUCCAUAGUAAAGGAGUAAUGAAUAUUGUAAAAUGACAAAUUAACAAAAAUAACAAUAUACAUAGGGUAAUGAAAGCGAUGUGGGGGAAUAGCAAAAGCCAAGUAGACCUAUCUAGGCUACUCCCUGAUUAACAUUCAUUACCGAAAAAAGAACAUCCUGCAAUCAAUUGAUUAGAUUGCAAGAAACACACAUUUCAAAAUGAACGAAAUCAACAAACUAAUGAAAAAUUUGAAGAAAAAGUAACAACUAUAUUAC